AUGGCGCCAGAAGAAGAACGCGAGAAAAACCCCGCUGUGUCGAAAGAGAAAUAUGACUAUAUCAUGAACAAGGUCGCGGUUGCCUUUGCCAAGCAUGAGGAAAUCGUCAAGGGCUGGAUGGCGAAGUCGGGGCGCCCACUGGGGCCUGAAAAGACUAUGGAGCAGCUAAUUGCUGAAGAUGAACUUCUGUUUCGACCUCCGCCGCAACGUUCAGGCGUAGGAUCCCCAGUUCCUGCUAAGUACCUGGUGAAAGAUGCAGAACGCAACGAUAAAGAUCUUCGAGCCAAGUUCUUCCCCACGAAGGGCCUCAAGGCCAGCAAAGCAAGAGAUACUGAGGAAAAGGCUGCGAGCGCGAAGAGGGCCCUAAACGAUCAAAGUAGUGACGAGGAGGAAGGACGAUCUAGUUUAGGAAGGGCAAAGAAGCGGAAAGUGAAAUCUGCUGUUCCGGAACCUGCUGGUGGUGAGGAUGUGUCAAUGCAUACCGUUGCCGAAACAGAGACAGUAGAGCCGAAACCCAGAGUCCAGGAACUUAUGAAGAACUCUACACUGGAGGCAGAGAAACACGAGGCAAGAUCUAGUCUGGGAAAGAAGAAGAAACGCAAAUCGAAACAUACUUCUCAGGACUCAGUCAGCCCGGCUCCAAUCCUUGAAGGGGCAGUAAACCAAGCAUCCGAACAAUCACAUCCGCAAGAGUUGACGCUCGCCUUCAAAUCCCCUUCAUCAAAGACUAGGCCACAAGACGACGCCGAAGGACCCUCAAGCGCCCAUGAAUCCAGCGUCAUGCAUAGCCUCAAGAAACCGGGUGAUGGAUCAAAUGGAGAAGCUAAAGAUCACGAACCAGAGGAUACAGAGAUGCACGAAGCUACAGAACUGAGCGAGGAAAUGAAGAAGAAAGCGCUGAAGAAGGAGAAGAAGAGACAAAAGAAGAAGGAGAAGAAGGAGAUGAGAAAGCGUGAAAAAUCAGAAGCUGCAGGAUUGGCAACGAGUGAUUAG